UAAAUAAUGAGGCGUAUGAAUAAUUUGGUGACUCUUUUUACGGCCGCCAGCGCCUUUUUUUUUGGAAGCUUCAUCACAACGAUACUCAGUAAAGUGGACAAAUGCCCAACACACCGAAGUAGAAUUGGAGACAAACUCGAGCCACAUCCCGACUUGUUCCUCAUCGUUCUGGUGCUGAGUAGCCCACGCAAUGUGGACCAUAGAAACACUAUGCGGAGGACCUGGCUCCGACAUGUCAAGCAGCCACUUGUACUACCAUAUUUCCCAGAAGAACAGAUCUAUCUUCCUACCUACCACGCCACUGGCCAUUUAAUGGCGGAACGAGUUGAGUCGCAGAAGAAAAGACUACGACAGUAUAUUACCUGGCAAGCGACCAUUUCGAAAAGUUCAAAGAAAACACAGCGAGAGAUAAGAGUCAAGCAUUUCUUUGCAAUUGGAACUGCGCAAAUGAGCAGCGGCUUAUUGGCGGAACUUCGUCAUGAACAUAUGCAACACAACGACCUCUUACUACUCAGCCACCCCGAGACUUACAAUAAUCUCACACAGAAGCUAAUUCAAUCUCUAGACACAUUAACGCAGCGCUAUGCAUUUUCAUAUCUUAUGAAGGUGGAUGACGACACGUAUGUUAAGUUGGAUAAUUUACUCAAUGAGCUGGUCUCCUAUGAUCGCAAGCUCCUGCGGAAUACGGUUAAGUAUGGUAACGAUCCAUUACCCCAACUUUAUUGGGGCUAUUUUAGUGGUCGGUCAAGAAUUAAAACAAAAGGUCGUUGGAAGGAAUCUAACUAUUAUCUUAGCAAAAACUAUCUACCAUACGCUCUUGGUGGUGGAUAUGUUCUAUCGCGAAAACUGUGUGAAUAUAUAGCAAAUAAUUCACAAACGCUUUCCACAUACGCGUCUGAGGACGUUUCAGUCGGAACAUGGUUGGCCCCAUUCCGUCACAUAUAUCGAUGGCACGAUCCUAGAUUCGAUACCGGUUAUAUAGCCCGAAAAUGUCAAUCGUAUCACUUGGUUAUGCACAAAAUAAAUCAGGAAAUGAUGAGCAACAUUUACGACGAAAAACUAUGCAGUGGCAAUAGCGCAGGCACGAAUCCGACCUCCUUGCCCGAAUAUUACUACGAUUGGACGAAAGUAGCUGACAAAUGUUGCGAAAGCUUAGUAGUAUAGCCAGGAUAUUAAUACUAAAUAGAAAAUAUUUUAGCUCUUCUGACCUGUGUUUAAUCAACCAGUCGACCCGAUCGU